CCUCUACACGAACGUUUUUAUUUUAAAUAAAACAAUCAUAUUUCCAAGGAAGAAAAAAGAAGCUAGAAAUAUACAUAAGAAGGAAGGGUAAUUUGGAGUACCGAUGCAAACAUAGAGUAGCCUUCCUUUAUUCACCUUUUCCAUCGAUUAAUCAACGGCCACCGUUACCACUCACCGGCGACCCCAUCACCUUUAUAACAUCAACCCACACGCUUCUAUCUUCCAUUCCAUCAUACCCCCCCCCCCCCCCUCUAUCUGUCACAUGAUCUUUUUUUUAUAUUCCGACUGACUGCGCAUUGUUCGUAUCCACGCUUCCGUAGCCGGAUAACGUGCGUUUGUGUCAUCAAUUACUUGUUUCACUUUACACCAACAGAUUCUGUCUAUCAUACUGUUUAUAUACACCUUUGAUUCUACCUUCUUGUAGUUGGUUAGUAUAUAAUUACAUGUUUCAGAGAGUUUUCGCGUCUCAAUUUGUUGCAACACAUUCGUUCUGUUAAUUGUCUGUUACAGAGCCUAACUGAAUUUGUUAGAAGUUUGAAUUUGUUUACAAACGGUUGUGAUUCCGUUUUCCGUACUCCUUUCCCGUUAACGGUUGUGAUUCUGUUAACAUAACUGAUUCUGUUAGAAGUUUGAAUUUGUUCACAGACGGUUGUAAUUCUGUUAUCAGUGUUGGUUUCUUGUUUUCUGAUAGUCUGUUAGAGAUUGAAAAUGUUGACUUGUAUCGCGUGUUCGAAGCAACUUAACGGUGGAGAAGAUGACGGAGAUACAGCUACUACACCGGGAACCAAACAAUCCGUUAAAUCGCUAACGUCUCAGAUAAAGGAUAUUGCGUUGAAGGCAUCUGGAGCGUACAAAAACUGCAAGCCAUGUACCGGUUCGUCGGGCAACAAUAACCCGACCCGUAGGGGUUAUCCGGACUCUGAAACGGGUUCAAUGUCGGGCCGGUUUUUUGGCGGGUAUCAUAGGACCGGUAGUUCGACACCUAGGGUGUGGGGUAAGGAAAUGGAGGCAAGAUUGAAGGGGCUUUCGAGUGGGGCGAGCACUCCGGCUUCGGUUAGUGGGCGAACCGAUGCUGCGGUUGUGUUUAUGGAGGAAGAUGAAAGUAAAGAGUGGGUUGCUCAAGUGGAACCCGGUGUUCUCAUCACGUUUGUUUCGUUGCCUCGUGGUGGUAACGACCUUAAACGAAUUCGGUUCAGUCGUGAAAUGUUUAACAAAUGGCAAGCUCAACGAUGGUGGUCCGAGAAUUGUGAGAAAAUUACGGAGUUAUACAAUGUUCAACAAUUUAAUCAACAGGGAGUACCGCUGCCGUCUCCACCUAGAUCUGAACCCGAGAGCUUAAUAACUGAGUCAACUGAGGCCAGUCCAGUAACACCACAACUUAGCAAAGAACAUCCACCAAGAAACCUCUACAAUCCAACUGGAAUAGGAUACUCAUCAUCAGAUUCACUUGACCAACAGCCCAAUCUUACUUCAGGACCUAAAUGCUCAAACAUAAGUGGGCCCAAAACCGAGGCAUCGUCCUUAGAAGCUUCUAGAAGAACCAGUUCUUCCCAAGGGGCUGAUCAAUCCGAAGAGCUUUCUUUGAGCAAUGCUAGUGAUUUGGAAAAUGAAUGUAUCGAGCAGGAUGAGCCCGGUGUGUACAUUACUAUCAGAACGUUGCCAGGUGGCGUUCGAGAACUUAGACGUGUCCGAUUCAGUCGAGAAAGGUUCGGAGAAAUGCAUGCAAGAAUGUGGUGGGAACAAAACAGAGCCAGGAUACAGCAACAAUAUCUGUGAGUUUGAAUGCUGAGUCAAGAACAGUCGCCGCAUACAUUGAAGAAGUUAUUAUACCUUUUUAUAAUGAAAAUUAGUGAAGCCCAUUUUGCAGUUCAAGUGAUUUGUAAACCUAAGCUUCCGUUUAUCAGUAUAUCUUCUGGUCAAUUUGUAUGGUUUUAAAUUGUAACUUUCUCUAAUGCUGUCAUGACAAUACAUAUAAAAAUUAAUGUUAAUUUUAAAAGAAACAUUAAGAGAA